AAAACAACAACACCAACAAAACAACCGACGAACAGAGAUUUAUUUGAAGACUGAAGCUGUUCAGCCACACCCACUGGACUGCGUGCCAAGAUAUCACCAUGUCAGAAAAUAAAAACUGGAAGCUGCUGCAGGGAUCCAGAAUCACUGAUGACGGAAAGAAGAAAAAGAAGAAGAAAAAGAAAGCCUCAACAUCCACUCCUGUUCCGAGAAAUAAAGAAAAGCCCAUGGCUGUAUCUUUGUGUCCUGAGACUUCCCCGGUAUCCAAGCUGCCCCCCCUGGAUCCGCGUCGGACUCCAGGCCAACUUCCCAAGCUCAAAGCUACUGGUAAGAAGAACGGAAAGCAGUCCACUGGAAGUGUCCAGAAGAGCAAAAAAUACUCCAGGGAUUCACAGAGCUUGCUUCCAGUCACUCGUAAAACCAGCAGCAGCAAAGAUCCUGCACAUGUGACUGAGCUCCAGAUCCAGGCCAGGGAGUCUCUGAGGUGGGAAGGUGUAUUGCAGGAUCCCCAGGAAGAAGCAGAGAGGCUGGAGCAGUACAGGGCCAACAGGAGGCAGCGUUAUAUUGCACACAGAGAGGCUCUGUUGAAAUAAAUCCUCAGGACUGAUAUUUUUUUAAAUACAAAGGAAAUAUGAUAUGUCUUAUUCUGACUAACAAGUCUGUAUUUACUGCAUCCAAGGACAGAAAAUAAACAAAUACGUA